AUGGAUGUAGUAGAAAUUAAGGGAGCGAAUGAGUGGGAGAUAAUAGAAGCAUUUUUGGUUGCUGCGUAUAAUGCUGAUUAUCAAACAAUCAGUAAUGAUUUAGCUUAUGGUUUAUCAGCAGAUGUUAUGGAUGAUGAUCAUAUCACAGCUUUACAAAUUGCCUCUGCGCAAGGUAACUUACCUGUGAUGCAAAUGUUAUUAAAUUGUGGUGCAUCGGUUGACAAAUGUAAUCAUUGUGGAUUUACUCCUUUACUUCAUGCUGCUCGAAAUGGAAAAGCUCAGGCAAUUGAAUUGUUAAUCCGGCAUGGUGCUGAUCCAUUCAGAACAACAUUCUACGGUGCGACAGCUUUGUCAUUAGCAUCUGCUCGUGGUCAUUUAAACGUGAUGGUAAUGUUGCGUAAAUAUGCGAGUGAAACACGACGGCGUGCUCCAACACCUUUAAUAGCUGCAAUCGCCACAAAGCAAUAUCAAAUAGUCAUUCAUCUUCAAUUUGCCGGUAUCAUACAACAUCCAUGUCGUGAUAUGUUCUAUGAACUUGAUGCUUUUCAUGUGGCUGAACAAUUAAUGGAUUUAAAAAUGAUAGUACUUUUGCGUGAUCUUGGUUUACAGUUUUUGAAUCAAUCAGCAAUAUAUUAUCUUGCUACAAGAACGCCUACUAAUCAGGAAUCACAAGUAGUCAAAAUGCGAAGAAAAACUCCGGAUAUUCGAUGUCUGAUACGUGAUCAUCAGCUAGCACUUGUGGAUUGGAUCAUGGAUUUAAACGAUUUUAGUGGGCUACCAGCAGGUACCACACCAUUGAUGUAUGCUGCUAUUGUCGGUAAUAUUUUAAUGGUGGAAACAUUACUGCGACAUAAUUGUGACAUAAACGCAACUUUUUACGGUUUUACACCAAUUAUGAUUGCUAUUGUUUGUGGAAACGAUGAACUGACACGAUAUCUGAUCAAGAAAGGUGCUAGUCAAAAUACAAACGGUUGUCAAUUUUCGCUCUUUGAACUAGCAUCCAAUUCCGAGGGUAUUUCAUCAACAACUAUUCAAUUGUUAUUGACAAGAUCAGCGCAUAAAAUGCGUCUCAUUGAAAGGAUGUCAACAAUACUACAAAAGAUUUCAGGAUGGCGAGCAAUGAGCCAACCGAUAUGUCAUCAACCAGUUAAAUUAGAAAAAAACGCUAGCCAGCUGAGUUUUGUGCAGAAAGUUACUCAAAAUAUGGGCCUAAAAUCAAAUUGGGUACCAGAAGAAUUAUUUGAUGCUCUUGUGUGGCCAGACAGUCCCUGUACUUGUUUUGAAGCCAUCAAUGAACCACGUAGCCCUGUGGCUAUUCCUACUUCGCUUUUGGAAGAGAGAAUUAUGGUCAGCGUUGAUGAAGAACGGCAUCGGUGUUUAUUAAGUGAUUACUCAAGUAAAAUGAUUGAAAAAGAUAAUUCUCCUACUUCAUCUUCAAAAUUUGAACCACCUCUAUCACUGAUUAGCACCAAUUAUUUGCAUUUGCGACAACAACAGUGCAGUAGCAUCUCGAGACUUCAAUCCAUUCUAUUCCAUUUUGGUUCCGGAUCACCAAAAAAGUAA